AUGGAGUUUACGUCGCGCCAAAUGGAGCACAUGAAGAAGAUUCCUUUUCUGGGCAGCCACCGGAAGGUGGUCCUGCAUCCGAUCGUGAUGCUCUCGGUGGUCGACCAUUACAACAGGUGUGCCCAGGGCACCUCGCGACGUGUCGUCGGAACAAUCCUCGGCGAAGUCAUCGAUGGAGAUAUACACAUCACCAAUUCGUUCGCCGUUCCGUUCGAAGAAGAUGCCAAGAACCCGCUCGUCUGGUUUUUUGACCACAAUUACCACGAGCACAUGUUCACCAUGUUUAAAAAGAUAAACACGAAGGAAAAAGUGCUCGGUUGGUACAGCACCGGGCCCAAGUGCAAGCCAGCGGACCUGGAAAUCCACGAGCUCUAUCGCAAAUACUGUCCAAAUCCCAUAUACGUUAUUGUCGACAUUACCCAGAAAGAAGAGCUGCCGAUAGAGGCGUACAUAUCGGUGGAGGAGCCGACCAGCGACAGGAGGUUCAGGCGGACCUUCGCCCACGUCCCGUCGGAAAUGGGUGCGUUCGAGGCUGAGGAAGUAGGGUUGGAACACCUUUUGCGCGACCUCACCAACGUCACCACUUCGACGCUUUCCAAAAAGGUGGAGAGCAAAAUAUCGGCGCUGAAGUCAAUGACGACGAAUUUGGCGGAAAUCACGGACUACAUCAAAGGUGUCAUCAGCGGGGUCUACACCGUCAACCCCGCCAUCAUUUACAUGCUCCAGAACAUACUGAACCUCUUCCCGUCGACUGACACUGACGAGAUAGUCGAGGCGUUCACAAUAAACAUGAACGACACGGCGCUCGCCAUGUACCUGGGCAGCAUCAUCCGAGCCAUGCUUGCGCUCCACAACCUCAUCGACAACAUGGCCGAAAACAAGCGCAUAGCCGGCGAGAAGUCUAAAACAUCGACCUGA